AUGGAACCUGAAAAUGCUCCAUCAGAAGAAGAAGAAUUUGGAAGCGAUAUUGAAGAAGAAGAAUUAAUCCUUAGUGAUCGAGAAGAAGAGGAAGAAGAAGAAGAAUCAGAACCAGAGUCAGAUUGGGGGAUAUCUGAUUCAUGUUAUGAAAGCGAUGACGAUAUUGAUACCGAUGUUUCAAGACGUUUAGUGACACGAGCUGAAGUGAACACGUUGGAUGGCACAAAUAGAGUGUGCGCAAUCUAUUUUUAUUACACACCAACCAACAACAACACUGAAAAAAUUUGUGGACAAUGUAUUGUGAGAGUUAAUGAUUUAUUUUCACGACUGUACGCCGUUCGCGAACAUACCACUGCUAGACACUGGGAUAUCAGAGGUUUAAAAGAUUCGGUGCGCGAUCGUUUUGUGCAAGUGGGUGCCGGGUACAGUGCGGGACUUCGAUGGCGCGAGAUCGAAACGGCGUUCGAAAGCCGUAUUCUAACAGGCGCGGUGAUAAACUCUAAUCACAUCGAGCCUCGCCAAUUCCUCGAAGACGCGAGUGAAAUUGUGCUCGAACGUGUGCGAGAUGUCAUGCAGAGACAUAAUUCUGUAAAAAUAAAUACAGUGUUUAACGAUUUGCAAGAGUGGUACGCGUCGCGCGUCGUCGAGCCAAUCCUGGCAUCGCUGGACGAAUUCCAGGAACAUGAUAGUGGGUGGACGCUAUCGCGUAUCCUCAAUUUGACUAUUAGUGUGAACAAGUACAAUCCUCUGCACGCCGGUUGUGACAUUGAGUUAUCGAAAAAAAUUACGGACAAGAGAGCGAUUGUUAAUGUGCAAUCCCUGGACGAUGCGUGCUUCGCGUGGUCGGUGGUAGCCGCUCUGCACCCGGCUAAAAAGCAUACGGAGCGAACGUCUUCGUAUCCGCACUACUCAUCGGUACUCAAUCUCACGAAUAUCGAGUUUCCGAUGACAUUAAACCAGAUAAAGAGAUUUGAAAAUCUCAAUGACAUCUCAGUCAAUGUUUAUUGCAUCGAGAACGAAAUUCUUCCUCUUCGGCUCUCCGACCGAAAGAGGAGCAAAUGCUUACACUACUUCAGCUGCAAUAAAAAGUUGGAGAUCCACACAGUAGACUGUGGAAAACUUAACGAUUAUGCCAUAAGGCUGCCGAGCGAGGACGACAAGUGGCUCAAGUUCAAGAACAACUGCAGGAAGGAGCGCGUCCCGUUCGUCGUCUACGCAGACCUGGAGUGCGUGCUGGAAAACAUGGACAAGGAUCCGACAUCAUCCACGUACACUUAUCAACGACAUAAGGUUUUUAGUAUAGCGUAUUACGUACACUGCUCGUACGACAGCUUACUGUCGGGUUAUCGUUUUCGACGUGAUAAUAAUUGUAUAGCGUGGUAUGCGGACGAAUUAAAAAAAAUAGCGCAUAGUGUAAAGACUAUAAAUUCUACAAAUGUUCCUAUGACAGAUUUUACGCGAGACGACUGGCAGAAAUUUAAUAGCGCUACGCACUGCCACGUGUGCGAAAAACCGUUCGCGAAAGACGAUUCAUAUAAAUUUCUCGCCUCAAGUUUAGAAAAAUUAGCGUCUUUUCUCAGCAAGGAUAAGCUACGGGUAGUGCAACGUGAAUUUUGUAAUUUAUCUGCAGAAAAUUUCGACUUAUUGACGCGAAAAGGUAUAUUUCCGUACGAGUACAUUGACAGUGUUGAAAAACUGGAUGAUGCAUGCUUACCACCUCGCGAAUCGUUUUACAGUUCAUUGACGGAUAGUACGGUAUCUGAGAGUGAUUACGCGCACGCCUUGAACGUAUGGCAGCGGUUCUCCAUUCGAACCCUCGACAAAUACAGUGACUUAUAUUUAAAAACGGACGUUUUGUUGUUGGCUGACAUUUUUGAGAAUUUUCGAGAUAGUUGCGUUGCGAGUUACGGGCUCGAUCCCGCGUAUUAUUACACCUUACCGGGCUUCACGUGGGAUGCCAUGUUGAAGCAUACAGGUGUAAAAUUUGAACUUCUAACUGACGUCGACAUGGUUCUUUUCAUCGAACGCGGUAUACGUGGCGGUCUGAGCCAGUGUUCAAACAGAUAUGCGCAGGCCAACAACAAGUAUAUGCAAUCAUAUGAUCCGUCGAAACCGUCGACGUACUUGAUGUAUUAUGACGUCAACAACUUGUACGGUUGGGCAAUGUGUCAACCAUUGCCAUACGCCGAUUUUCAAUGGGUCGACGAUGUAGAAAAUUUUGAUGUUACGACCGUCGCGCUCGAUUCACCGACAGGCUAUAUUCUCGAGGUGGACUUGGAGUAUCCGCAACAUCUUCAUGACGUUCACGCGGACCUACCGUUUUGCCCGACGCGCGAGAAACCACCCGGUAAGCGUGAAGACAAGCUCCUCGCAACAUUGUGCGAUAAGCAGCGGUAUGUCAUACAUUAUCGCAACCUGCAUCAAUGUACUCGUCACGGUCUCCGUAUCACAAAGAUCCAUCGCAUACUACGAUUCACACAAUCUCCAUGGCUUCGCGAUUACAUAGAACUAAACACAAAAUUUAGAACUUUGGCUAAGAAUGAUUUCGAGAAAAAUUUAUACAAACUUAUGAAUAACGCGGUUUUUGGUAAAACCAUGGAGAAUGUGCGCGAUCGCGUCGACGUAAAAUUAUUAACAAAAUGGGUGGGGAGAUACGGUGCAGAAGCAAUGAUCGCAAAACCGAAUUUUCACAGUAGUAGCAUUUUUUCAGAAAAUCUGGUCGCGAUAGAAUUGCGUAAACUCGAGGUGAAGUUCGACAAACCGAUAUACGUGGGUAUGUGCAUCCUCGAUAUAUCCAAGACAUGUUUGUAUGAAUUUCACCACGAAUAUAUGGCACCGCUGUUUCGCGAAAAUUGUAAAAUUAUGUAUACCGAUACAGACAGUUUAAUUUAUCAUGUAGAAUGUGACGAUGUAUAUGAAAUUAUAAAACGCGACAUAAAUAGAUUUGACACUAGCGAUUACGCGGUCGACAACGCAUACGGUAUUCCGCUAGUAAAUAAGAAAGUACCGGGUCUUAUGAAAGAUGAGAACAACGGCGCGAUCAUGAGCGAAUUCGUUGGACUUAGAGCGAAAAUGUAUGCUUUACGUGUACAAGGAAAGAAGGAUACGAAGAAAGCGAAAGGUAUCAAGAGCAACGUUGUAGCGCGAUCUAUAACAUUCGAGGAUUACACGCGAUGUCUCAAUGACACAAUCGAGAUGACGCGCAAGCAGUCAUGCAUUAGAUCAAAGUUGCACGAAGUAUACACGAUAUCCGAAACGAAAAUCGCUCUAAGUCCACAUGAUGAUAAAUGA